GUCAUGUUAUGUCAAAUAUUAUAAUGAGAAGUGUAUGAAGUUUUUUUGUGUUCUGUGUGGAAAUGAAAUAAAAUAUUUUGUGUAAACCAUUCAGUGAAAUAAACACUUAGUGAAAAUGAAGCCACUUAUUGAUUUCGAUGAAUGUCUCAGAGAUUCUCCAAAAUUUAGGGAGCAGCUGGAAACAGAAGAAGCUAGCAUCGAUUCACUGGAGCAGAAACUUGAUAAAGUUCUUAAAGCAUGCUCUGUAAUGAUAGACUCUGGUAAAAUCUACAUGAGUCAUAGAGGGACAUUCACAAAUGCACUGUGGGACCUGACUGGGAGCUUUGCUGAGGAUCCACCUGUGAUGGCGACACUUAACAGAAUGAUCCAUUCCUUGCAAGAGAUGAAUAAGUUUCACUCUAUCCUCCUGGACCAAGUGUCCAGGACUGUGCUCAAGAAUCUCACUGCUUUUAUUAAAGUAGAUAUUAAAGGUGUCAAAGAAAGUAAAAAUCACUUUGAAAAAAUCUCCAAUGAUCUGGAUACAGCUUUAAAUAGGAAUUCUCAGGUAUCUCGCCACAAAUGUGUGGAAGUGGAGGAGGUGAUGAAUCUCUUACUGGCGACGCGAUCAUGUUUCCGUCACACGGCACUCGAUCACGUGCAGAAGAUCACCAUGUUGCAGGCAAGGAAACGUCACGAAAUACUGGCUACGUUCCUGUCGUACUUGCAAGCGUGUUGCACCUAUUACCACCAAGGUGCCGACUUGUCUGAAGAUUUGGAGCCAUUUCUUAAGACCACAGCAGAAGAUAUUGCAGCUAUGCGUAACGACACAAAAAUACUCGACAAAGAGAUGGAGAACCGCCAUACGAUAGUAAACAGUAAGGACACGGUACUACCCAGCUGUAAGACCAGUGAAGCGGAAGGAGAUUGCAAAGAUGGCCUAUUGAGUACGCCAUGUCUCAAAAACCUACCUCGAAUGCAAGGAUAUCUCUUCAAAAGGACAUCGAAUGCCUUCAAGACAUGGAAUAGGAGAUGGUUCUAUCUAUACGACAAUCGUCUAGUGUAUAGGAAAAGGACAGGGGAGUUGAAUGUGACAGUAAUGGAGGAAGACUUGAGACUGUGCACUGUGAAGCCUGUUCUAGAUGGCGAGCGCCGGUACUGUUUCGAAGUGUUGUCACCAUCAAAGAGCCACAUGCUUCAAGCGGAUUCAGAAGAAAUGCUCAACUGUUGGAUAACGGCACUACAGAACGGAAUUAGGUCUGCCAUACAACAAGGACAAAGCCGAGAGAACCCCGACACACAGCUCAUACUAGUGCCAGACGACAGACCCUCAGAGAACAGGCACAGCGUCGCUAACGUUAGGGGUAUGAAGAAAAUCAGGAUAUGGGAGCAACUACUGAGUAUUCCGGGAAAUAACUACUGCUGUGACUGUGGCAGCCCUAACCCCCGAUGGGCCAGUAUCAAUCUUGGUAUCACACUCUGUAUAGAAUGUUCCGGCAUUCAUCGUUCGCUUGGAGUGCACGUUAGUAAAGUAAGAUCCCUAACUCUGGAUGACUGGGAACCUGAAAUAAUCAAGGUAAUGGCAGAACUUGGUAACAAAAUUGUGAAUAUGAUCUACGAAGCUAACGCUGAAGGAACAACAAUACAAAGAGCUACACCGGACUGUGAAACGAAUGUGCGAGAAACUUGGAUCCGGUCGAAGUACGUCUCGCUGUUGUUUGUCAAAGACUUGGUGGGCGGCGGGGCGCUCGCCGCGGCGGACAGCCCGCUCCGGGCCGGACGACGGUGGUCUGUAAGACGCGCCCGUCGCAGAGUCCGUACUACUCCUUCAGUGCCAGAAACUAUCAAUGAUGAAAAGAGCGAUGCCAACAGUAGCACAAGUGUAUCAGAAAGUUCAAGCAAGUCGGAUGGCAGUCCAGUGUUGCUGAUUGGAACGGAGCUGGUCAGUGACCGCGGCGUCGACCUUAGUCUGCCCUCUGAUCAUGAUUCCACUGAAGGAGAGGACAGCGAUGAACUAGCGGCGGAGGAGAUGUGUCGCCUGUCAGCGGACGCGGUGCUGUGGCAGGCUGCGCGUGCGCACAACGUGGGCGUGAUGCGCGGCGCGCUCGCCGCCGCCGCAGACAUACACGCGCGCGCCGCCAGGGGCCGCGCCCCGCUACACGCCGCCGUACUCAGCGGAUCAGUAAUGGCCUGUUCUUUCCUCCUUUUGAAUGGUAGCAAGUUGAAUAUACAAGACGAUGAUGGGAAAACUCCACUACACCUUGCCACCGAAGCUGGGCAUACGGGACAGGUAUGCCUGUUACUUAAAUACCGAGCAGACCAGUCGAUUGUUGACAAAGAUGGGCAGACGCCGCUUGACAUCGCCGUCAAUAACGCCAACGCUGAUAUUGUUACACUUUUAAGGCUGACGAAGUUGAACGAGGAGAUGCGAGAGAGUGAGAUGUCUUCAAACGAUGAUACGUACAACGAAGUGUUCCGCGACUACACGCAACUCGCGCACUCGCACCCUGAGCGACUCGUGCGAGCCAAGCAUAACAACAACGAAGGAGAACAGCCUAGUGAAUGACGCAACGAGUCGGGCGGUCGGCGGCGAUGGCUGUGGUAGCGACCACUGCGAGCUCAGUAGCCGAGGUACCCGCUUGCAUACGUGUGACAUGACAGACAUCACAUACAGGAAGACUAACAACUAUAAAACAAAUCUCCCCGUGAAACCGAAGUAAACGUGAGUAUUCUGUGAAAUAGUUUAUAGUUAGAAAAAAAAAGGACAUUUUCAGUUUCAUUUUAUUUCUACAAUUCGGCCUAACCACUCAGUUUAGUCGAUUUUUUAUGACAUCACUAUGACUGCUUAUAUUUAUUAUUUUUUGUCAUCUGGUAACACACAGUUUGUGGUAGCCACGUUUAUUUCAUAGAUAACAUAUUAAAUCUUUUUAGAUAUGCUAGAUGAUGUUUUAAGCUAUUGUCUUCCCGUUCUGUAAAGGGUCAAAAUAUCGUUUUAUAAAACCCAAAGUUAUUGUGCUAAACACAUUAAAAGGCUGUUUGAACUUUUGAAGUUCGCCCACAUGUUAGAAAUCUUUUUACGUUUACGUUCUUACAAAAUUAUGUGUGUCUAAGACUAUAUUGCAAUUAUCGUGUUCUUAAAGUAUUUUUGACGUAACGUGUCUGGCUAAUAAAAUAAACUAAAAUAUAAUAAUUUUAAAACAUGUUAGUGCUUAUUUGACCAUAGGUCGGUAAGGUGAUCUCUAUUAAAAUUUUAUAUUAAAUAUAUCGCCUGUAAAAAAAUUACUUAUGAAACAAUUUGCUGCCAAGAAAACAUAAUCAUUUUACAAUAGAAUUAAACAUUCAACGGAGUUUAAUAUUUUGGAAAUACAUAUGUAUAUAUGUCUGUCAACAUUGGUGCCAAGUAGAAUAGAACUACACUAGCGCUGCUAUCGUAAAACAUUUACUUAACAAAAAAUGAAAGAGACAAAAUAUUAUUAUAUGAACGGUAAACUAAAGAAAUUAAGCAAGUCAUUGUGUUCUCUCCUGCUCUUGUUACACAUUUUAGAGGAAGAAAGCGAGAGGUCUUUUGUAGGUCUCAGUAGACAUUUGUUUUAUAUGCUAAAUGAUCUGCACCAUUCAACUAUUCUUGUUGACUUAGCGUAAAGCUGAGGUGUAUAUAAUUAUCGAUAUUAUAAUAAUAAUAAUUGAUAUUGUUAAUGUUAUUGAUGCAUAGCGUAUUAUAUGGUUGGGGCGGCGAGAUGUAAGCUUUAAAUGUUAGUGGUUUAAGUAUGUAUAAUUAAUACGGAAUAUAUUGUCUGGAAUUGUAUAAUUAGACAAAGUGCAGGAUGGAUCUGAUCUGCCGUUGACAGUACACAAUGUACCUAAACUGUGUUUAAAUAAGUUCGAUAUUUAAAUGACCACGUCGUUAUGAAACAAUCUGUGUAUUUCUUGUCCUUCCAAAA